UCGAACCUCGAACAUCACACUGACUCACAUUCUUCGGAUUCUGGCUAUCCGGAAACAUAUAUCUGGCCUGCUUCACGCUGGAUUCUGGUGAUCUCUUGACCAUACCCGAGCGCAUAUGCCAAAGAAGCGCUCCUUCAACUUUAAACAGCUUCAAGGCGCUUCCAGUGGCAAGCCAUCGACUGAUGGCAACGAUGGCAAGCCCACGGUCAACGAAAGGCUCGGCGAGUUGAGGAAGAUCGAAGGGAAGGAUGCUGCGCGGAGGAAACGUGAGCUGGCAGAGAAUGUGAAUCAAAGCAGACCGGCCCAGCUGUUGAGGUUCGCUUACUUGUUAGGCAUCGAACACGAUCCGAAUCCGUUUGAACAGUCUCCCAGCCUUCUACACUUGGCCUUGAAGACCGCUGCCGAGCACUGGGAUCUUUUCGAUGAGGAUGACCUCCCCGCCCUUGCCGCCGAACUACCUUUACGACUUCGAACACGAUUACUGAGUUACAUCGGCUAUUACGGUCCUGCCAUCAGCAUUUCCGUGCUUGAAUCUAUGUUGGGCGGCGAUGAAGCGGUGACACAACUCGAUCUUGCUGCCAGCAUAGCCCUGAUGUCAGAGCAGGAGGCUCCCAUUUCUAUUCUGGCCUUGACCAAGACCUAG